AAAACUUGAUUUCAGCGCUAUAUUUCAUGUGGCUGAACCCAUUAAACCUUAGUCCUAGGUAAUCAGCGAAAUUCAUAUAUCUGAUUCAUUUAAAAAUUGACCUAACAUAUGUGCAGGGUUUUUAAAUAAGUGUGAAAUGAUUUCUUUUCAAAAAAAAAACAAUAAUUGUUAAGGAAAUUUAAAUGUUUUUUAUUUAGUGUGAACUGCAAUCGAUAUAAUUAAGUUCAGAAAAGAACACCAUUCAAAUGGUCUCCACGACUUCUUUUGCCGGAACGAAUUCGAUGAACCCAAUUUUCGAGUGCUUUUUCUACUAAAUGAAGUCGUAUGGCACGUUCAAUAUUGGCUUUUAAAGCUUGUUGAUAGUCUGAUUUAUUGCUUAAGACCAAUGACUUCGAAUAACUCAACAAGAAGUAGUCUAAUUGUGUUAAAUCAUAACUUCUUGGAGGACAUUCAAUGUCACAGUUUCUUGAAAUAAUCGAAUCUUAAAAAUUUUCUCGCAAUAAUUCGGUUAUUACAUGUGCUGUGUGACACGUAGCCUCGUCUUGUUGGAAUCAGAUGUUAUCAAGAUGAACUUGCGGCCAUAAAAAGUUUGUUAUCAACGAUCUAUACCGCCCUCCAAAGUGAGCUUAUUCGGAGAAGAUGACUUAAAAAAAAAUUUUAUUGUUUUCAAGUGAUUCCAAGACAAAAUCAGCAAAUUCGCGACGUUUUCUGCAGCUUCAGUUCUUGAGUGAGAUCAAUUUUAUAUGGAUGCAAGCCCAAAUCCUCUCUCAAAAUCCGACAGGUUGUGGUUUGAGACAGUACCAAUUCUUGAGAACGUUUUGGAAUCAACAAAUUGCGGUCUUAAGCAUCAUUUUGUUUGUUUUUAAGAACAGAAUAAUUAAAUUCGGAAAUUCCUCUUUUACUUUUAUUGGUCAAUUUUAAUAUGUAAAGAAUUGAAUUUUCACAGAGGAUACGCACUCUUGUGUGCAAUCAAUUACUUUUCAAUUUCCUGUUAGUCCUACAAAGCGCAGUCAGCGCAAAACUCGUUCGAUUUUAUAUAAAUAUUUCCUAUUUCGUUUUAUAUGUAUACAUACAUAACAUAUCUACAAGUAUAUAUGUAUAUCUACAUAUGUAUUUGUCAAUUGACUGCUUUCCAUUUUAUAGUUCGGACCUUGGUGGUGUGUUCAAAAUAUUUUACGUUUGCUACGUAUGUACUAUAUGCGAGUUUCCACAGUUACUCUUACUACCAUACAGGAUAUGUAUGAAAGGAAAAGUAUUGGGGCAAAGUGCAGGUAAUAGCAAAAAAGGUUAUUUUUAGUGGAAGAAAGAAAAAUUAGUGGCUAUAUUCAAAUACAUAUUAGGAAAAAUAUAAAUACUCGGGAAGUAAAGCAUAAAUAUGUAUCUGUAAUUAUGAUGUUAAGUAAGUAUGAGUUCAUAUAAACAUAAAAAAUAAAUGAAAUAGAUUUGCAUACUCAACAAGCGGCGAAGUGUUCAGAUGAGCAAGAUUGUUGACAGUACUGCCCACAGGCUAAACGUUUUUUGGAGGCCUCAAUUGGAAACAACAAAUGCACGCUUAGCCAGAGUAACGCGAUAAUUCUCCAAACAAUAAUCAACAACAUGAUGAUCGAGUUGCUGCUGAAUUGGUGUAAAAGUAACAGCCGAAGAGACGAAAUUACCGAAAAACGCUUGCAGGUCGAGCAUCGCUUUUGGUGUUGUUGACUGUUUCUUUGUUUGUUUGUGGGGUCACACGUUUGUCUGUUGCUUUGGUUGAACGUUGAUUUCGUCUCUUGAUCGUUUUGGUUGCUUCGCUCGUUGCUUGCCUCCGACGCAUACGCUCGGCAAGCUUUGGUCGCAUUGCGACUACAACAACUGCAGCAAAGUCCACUCUAGUGUCACAAGCAUUGGUGCGCUUCGUUGAGUAAGUAUAAAGAGGCCUCACUGGGCAACGUUAAAGCAUUCAGUCGUUGGUUCCCUACAAGCAAACAACUAAAUUUAUUUUUUAAUUUAAGUUUUACUUCUCUCCCCCACACAAAACUCACAACUAUGAACUCCUUCUCCGUGUUCUUGGUGUUUGCUUUGGCAGCACUGGUCGUUGCGGAACCACCAUCAGGAUAUAAUUAUCCCAGAGGCGGCGGUGGCGGCGGUUCGUUCGGUGGCUUUGGUGGCGGCUCCUUAGGAGGCGGCGGCGGUGGCUACCAAGCCGUAAGUGGCGGCUUCCAGACUUCCGAAGGCCAAAAUGUCGAUCCUCAGCUGUUGGAACAAGUACGUCAAAUUCUACUCAAUGAGGAGAGCAAAUCCGGCGGCGGCGGCGGUGGUGGUGGCGGUGGUGGCUACCCAUCUGGCUCGUAUGGUCCACCAUCUGGCUCAUAUGGCCCACCUUCAUCGUCUUAUGGUGUGCCCGGUUUCGGUGGUGGCGGCCGUGUUGUCGGCAUUGAUUUGGAAGGUGUGCGUCAGGCUAUCCAGGUGGCGCAAUUCGCUCAGCAAAGCACGCAAGCCGGCGGUGGUGGCUUCGGCGGCUACCCCAGCGCACCCUCUGGCUCGUAUGGUGCUCCAUCGAGACCAAGCGGCAGUUAUGGCGCGCCUUUCUAAGGUGUAUGCGUGCGUCGACUUAAAUACAUUUAAAUACUAGAUAUAUAAAAAAUCUUGUGCCUGUGACCAUGUAGAUGAGUAGAAGGAGCGGAAUGAAAGAAGCCAAGCAUAAAAAUAUAAAUUAAAUGUAGACCACGAUCCUCAGCCAAUACACCAAUCGAUGAGACAAAAAUCAAACAACAUGCUGCCAAAUAAAUGAAAUUGAAGUUGAAAAUGAAAAUGAAGAUGACGAUAAUGAUACAUGAUGAAGACGAUGAGGGCGAUUUGAGGCAUUGAUUGCGAUGAAGCAUAAAUUGAAAGUGAAAGCGGUUUAAAAAUAACUUACAACUACAGUAAUGCCAGUAACAACAAUAACGCCACUCAAUGGAUAAUUCGAUGAUCACGGAGGAAGCGACAUUAGCAAUAGCAACCAAACAGCAACAAUCAAAUAACAACGAAUUCUGCAACAUUGUUGCCAUUUUCGUUGCUGUCGCUGAAUGUGUCAAACAUGUGUUGUACAGAGACAUGUAGAGUAUGAUAAUAUCUACUCAUUUUUCUUAUUUCGAUUUCGCACUGUCACCCGCAUCCACCUAGCACCGCCAAGCGCAACGGACAAUCGUGAACAACAUAAUUGGAGCGACAUUGUACGCGCCGUACUUUGCUCUGCAGCGACCUGUGCCAAAAAUAUACAACAACAACUUGUAGGGAACUUAUAAUUCCACUGCAACACCGAACAUCAACAACCAAUCAACCAGCACCAAUCCACUGCACCGCAACCAACGAACGGCUGCCGUUGUGUCGUUGUCAUCGUCGGCGGCGGUGCAGUAGCAAGCGGUGUAUGGUGUGGUGGGCCAUCAGUGAUAUUUCGUUUUCAUUUUUCAUGCGAUCUCGCUCUUUCAAUAUCCAAUACCCCACUAUCUCCAAGGUAUUUUCAACAAGCUAUCCUUUAUAACCCCCGCUGUUUCAACAUAUCCACCAAAAAGAACACAUAUUCCAUUUUCCAACUUUUUUGGUGGGUGUGUUUUGUUGAGUUUAUUUUUUUAUUUUUCUUGUAAAUAGUUUUGAAUUUUUUGUUUGUUUGUGUAAACAACAACAGUAACAGCAAAAAAAAACAAAAAAUGUUAUAACGCAUCACUAGAUUGUAAGUGUUUUUAUUUGUAUAUGAAACAAACAAGGAAACAACAAAAAAAUAUGAAAACAAUAAAAAAAUAGUAAAUUUUGUCACCGUUAAA